CUCAACAAUGACAUGCUCUGAAAGACAUAUAAAGGGGCUGUCCCGGUCGAUGAUCCUUGUUCUUAUGGUACUUGUGCAGGCUCACGGUGUCUUCGUUCUCAACAGUCUUUGUCCUUUGUCCACUUCAAUAGGGGUCUCAGCAAAAUGAAGUCCACAUCAAUCUUGAGCAGCAUGUGCAUCAUGCCCUUGUUGGCAUAUGCAUCUCCGGCCGGCCGGAUCCUUGCCCGAGAUAAUUCCUCCCUUACUGUGGCUCAGCUCGAGGCUAUUGCUCCUACGUCCAAUACAUGCGAUAAUCCACCUGCUGCCGGGGAAUGCGCUACUGCGGAGCAAGCAGUCCCGCAUAUCACCAAGUCUUUUGACACUUAUGACGUGACGUCUCGCGCCGAGCAAGCAGCCGUGAUUGGACUCAUGGCGUUUGAAAGCGGCGAUUUCAAGUACAACAAGAACCACUUCCCCGGUGUACCUGGGCAGGGCACACGAAACAUGCAAUCUCCCUCCUACAACGCCGAAUACGCGGCUUCUAUCCCCGCGCUCGCGGACCAACUCCCCAGCGUAUCCGGGGACGUGACGGGGGUGCUGAACCUCUUGCUCUCAAACGAAGACUACGACUUUGGCUCCGGGGCAUGGUUCCUAACCACGCAGUGCUCGGCUAGUGUGCGGUCCCAGCUGCAGUCAGGCUCUGAAGCAGGCUGGGCAGCAUACAUCACCAACUGCGUAGGGACCAAUGCCAACGACGAUAGGAAGGCAUACUGGACGCGGGCGACACAAGCUUUGGGUGUAUCUACCUGACCAUCCACCUACUCAUACACCAUCACACAUAGUGUAUAAAUAUACUAUAUGCAUACCAUUC